AUGAGCACCAACAUCGAGAGACUCCAAAACGAAGAUGAAGUCACGUUUAAGCUAAAAGGAGAAAUCGCAGCAAUCGAAAAGGAAAUAAAAAGUUGGUUCAUAAAGAGGAGACUAAACAUGGAGAUGAACUACUCCCUACAUAACUUAUUCACUAAUUAUAACAUCGUUGGACUAUCCAUUAAUAAAGAUAUCGAUGUGAAGGAUAAGAUGUUAUGGCAUGACAUAGUGAAUGGGAAACCCGUGUUGGAAGAUAAUCUCAGUUUGGAUGCAAAGGAAUACAAGGCGGAUAUGUACAGCAAGAUGUGGGACAAUAGUACUACUAUAGAAAAUCCGUGUAGACUAGUGGGAUCUAUUUUCUUUCGAUGCUUAAAAAAUAAUUACCAUUUAACGGAACAAGAACGAGAGGGUACGUGCAUGCACAGCUUUUUGAACUUCACUAAUUGCAGAAAGGCGUUGAAGUUACAGCAGGCCAAUAAUAUAAGAACUGCCCUCACCAAGCAGAAUGCGGAGGACACCCAUGCGAAGGCUCUCUUUGAGCGAAGGAGUACUCUGUUAGAGAAGUUGGCAGGC